GACCUUUUAAAAAUUACAAUGAACAAUUUCUUCUGAUCAAAACGUUCAGGAUGGAAGCACAUGAGAUAUACAAACCACUUGGCCAGCAAUGCUGGAAACUCUUGAAUCCGAUCGCAGAAUAUCAAUUGAGGAGGCAAGAAAAACUAGAGCCAAAUGGACGGCGACAGUCAAGCACAACCCGAUCUACGCCAAUUACCACAUAGAAGUGAAGUAUUAUUGGGUGGAAAAAUUAAUGUGGCUCGAUCUGUUCAAAGGCCAUCUUUUCCCCGGAAUCAAGCCUAAGCCCACUGCACAUGCUGCGACGACACCAAUCGCAGGUACAGCAACAGACAGGUGCUCUGAGUCCACUGGUGGCAAUAAGGCAUCAAAAGCUGCAUCUGCUGCCGAAGGAAGACACCUCAAUAACACGCCCAAGACCUAUCCAAGACUUGCAAGCAACAGCAAUGCCUCCACCACGGGUCAACCUUCUGCGCAAGGAAAGGUGAAUAAGCUUCAGGUUAAAUCCCACGCUAUCCCAUCACCUUCAGAAAUCACCGAGACAGUUUCAACUUUGAGCUCUAUGGAUUCAUUGGUAAGACAGAACAAUAUGAGAGAUUACAUGGAAAAUAGCGAGGAUGUCGAAUUACAGCAGGGCUGUGGGCAAGGAUCAGAAAAUCUGCCUGGCACCAAUGCCAUCAGCACCAGCUGGUUCAAAUCCUACUGCAGGGAAGAUCCAUUGUCCUGACGCCGCUCAUAGAACUUCAAUCGAACUAUUCGCAAGGAAGCGAAAGAUAGCAGCCUCCGCUCUUGACGCAGUGUCAUCGAGCAAGACGGUGGUAACAGAGCAGACAAAACAUCUCAAGCUUGAAAAUUAUCCACAAUUGGACACGAUGAAGCAGCUCUGGUACCGUCCUCGUUAUGGCAUAUCAAUCCCGGCAAGCCUCA